AUGCCUGUCACUUCAAUAAUUAUCACACGUGAUUUACAAGUGUCCGUGGUGGGAGGGGACAGGGUUGGGGUGAAAGUUCAAAUCGAUGUUUGCACAGUUUCACACUCUGUUGGUGGCACCUCCGAGUCAGUGCAGAAUCAGAUGGGCACUGUGGGCACUGGAGAAACCUCUGAGAAGUCUGCUUUAAUUGGGAAUUAUUCCCUGUCACCCUCCCAGGGUCUGGCUUCUCACCAGCAUUUAAGAGUAGAAAAUGGCUUUUUUGGUCUAAGAAAAUCCUGCGGGCCCAGACUUGGCCAGUGUGCUCUGACAAGUUUCUCAGCAGGCUUUUCUGGAGUGUCCUUGCUGUUGCUCAGAGUGUCAGAUGAUGUUUCUUUCGACUGUCUAGUCUGUGGUUUCCUUGAACAAGUUGGGGAGACUAUCCAGGGGAAAGUGGACCCAGGUUCCUCUGGAGUCGGAUGCCAGAGGCAUGUCCCCCAGCUGGCCCAGAGGAGCUGUCAAAGCUUGAAAAACAGCAGCAGAGGAAAGAAAAGACCAGAGCCAAGGGACCUUCUGAGUCAAGCAAAGAGAGAAAUGCCCCCCGAAAAGAAGACCGCAGCGCUAGCAGUGGCGCAGAAGGUGACGUGUCUUCCGAGCGGGAGCCGUAGACUUAGGGAUGGAACUCAGUGCAUUAUCAUUGGGCAGAACUGGAUCCUGAAAAAUUCAUGAAAGAUGCUGAGUAUCUACACUGCUUUAAGAAUUUGGAACUGAAUCAUGAAAAGACAGAAAUAAGAAAUUGGGACCUCGAGUAGCCCUGCAGAAACAAAGCAGAACAAAACAACACCACCAAAGGAAUGACACCAUUUUCUGUUGUUGCUGUGGUCUAAUAGCAGAAGUGGGUGCUGGCAGUGCAGGGGCCUGCACCCCAUGCACAUGGCAGCAGGGCAUACACCGAUCCUUCCCCCAUGCAAAGACUGCUGGUUCCUGUGAUUUUUUGGCUUGCUUUUGAAACAGGCUGGCCCAACAUCAUUUGUCACCGAGUCUUCCCUUCACAUGUGUCCAUGAUGGGUCUCAACUGCAUUCACGCUGUCCAUGUUCUUCCCAACACUGGCUAAGCCAGGGCCCGGGUUAGGGUGUAAAGAGAACAAAUAUCGGUGAUAAUGUAUUGUGUAAGACCUUUGCAUCUUGUAAAUUUUCUCAUUUUUCUAAAAAGAAAUAAUAAAAUCCUAAACCCCAACAAACCACUUUAUUAU